AUGGAUAGCGACACGGCUACCGAGCAAGAGCCGCAGUGUCGCAUCUGCGGAGACUUUCCGCCUCCAGAACAGCUUUUGAAGCUUCGCUGCGAAUGUCACUACUGCGAUGGCUGCCUCGAGCGUCUGUUCACAAUAGCAAUGAAGGACGAAGGCUCCUAUCCACCUCGCUGUCAUCGCCGAACCAUAUCGCUCAACCUUGCACGUCGGCACCUACCAAAAUCGCUCGCACGAAUCUACAGAGGCAAGACUUUGGAGCUCAGCACUAAAGAUCGUACCUACUGUCACAAGGUGACAUGCAAUGUUUUCAUCGCACCACACAGCAUCCAUAACGGACAAGCAUUCUGCCAGAAGUGCAGAUCGGUGACCUGUCAGAGAUGCAAAGAGGCUGAGCAUUUUGGAGCUUGUGCGAACGCGGGAUUUGAGUUGGUGAAGGGAUUAGCGAAGCAGCAGAAGUGGCAGCAAUGUCCGGACUGCAAGCGGCUUGUAGAGAAGAUUGAUGGCUGCAACCACGUCCUGUGA